CAACACAACACCACCAUGUCUCCGCACUUCAGCUACACCUCUGUACACCACAGCGGCUUCCCUGAGAAAGACAACCUCCGACAGUUGAGGAAGCCCAGAGUGGAGAAGAUGCGACGGGACCGCAUCAACACCUGCAUCGAUCAGCUCAAGCUCCUCCUGGAGACGGAGCUCCACCAACAGGAGCCCAACGCCAAGCUGGAGAAGGCUGACGUCCUGGAGAUGACCGUCUGCUUCCUGAGAAGGCAGCUCAUGCACACGCCCGGAGGCCUGGACCUGCUCUCCUCUGUGGGACCCAGUAGAGAGACCUCCGUCUCUGCCGCUCCUCCUCCUCCUCCUUCUCCCUCCUCGUCUCUCCAUGGUCUCCGGCACCAAGAACAUCAGGGGGAGCUUCUCCUCCUGGCCCAGAGAGACUUCACCUCCUCCUCCUCCUCCUCCUCCAUCAUGUCCUCCAGCAUCUCCUCCACCCUGACCCUCAGACCCACAGGCAGCAGCAAGUCUCUGGUCUGGAGGCCCUGGUAGUAGAGACGCUCUACAGCAGUAGAACCAGACCCACAAGAUCAAGAAUGGUCUCUCUUCGUGGUGGAGGAGAUCUGCGUUUGAAACCCCCCUUGAGAUGAAUCUUCAUCGCGUUAUCAUCACAUUGAUGGAACCAAGUAGCAAUUAUUGUUGUUAAAAGUUUAAGGCUGACUUUUAUAUUUUCUGGAAGGUGCUCCUGCUUUGAGCCGAAAUUGUGAUGCUUCUUACUGGCAUCGAAGAACUGGUGCUUUUAUUGUGAAGUGGAGAGCUUUCUUGCGUAUCGUCGGGAGCUUUUAGUGUGAAGCGAUUGCUUACUCCAGUGGAGUUCAUCUCGUUAGACUCUGUUGUUGUAACAGUGUAAUCAGUUUAUGAUUAUGAAAUAUUGCUAGGUACUUUUGGAGAAUAUUUCUCGUGUGUUUGUGUGUGUGUGUGUUUGUGUGCGUGCGUGUGUGUGUGUGUGUGUGUGGGAGAGUGUGUG